AUGGUGGCUUCUAUUUAUCAUUUAAUUGAAAAUUCUCCUCCAGGAGAAGUUAAUGAUGUACUUAAUGAUAUUCGUAUUCUUACCAACAAUGAUAAAACUUUUUUUGAAGAAAUUCUUCCAUCUCUUACAAAAUAUAAUAUGGAACAAUUUACAAAUGUCAGAAUUCCAGGUUCAGAUAGUGAAACUAUUGUUAGUAAAUUUAAUUCAAAUGAAGAUGGAUGGUUUUUUGAUCCUAUCUUAAAAAAAUCUUUUCAGUUUGAUCAUAUAAAUCUUAAAGUAUUAGAUGUCAAGUCGUAUGAAACAGAUAUGAAAGUGAUAGAAAAAAUAACUGGUCUUCAAAAGCCACUUUUGGCAUAUUUGUCUGAACAUUUUCCAUCUAAUGUCAACUAUGGUAUUUUUCCUUGCAAAAAUGACAUAUAUAAUAUUAUUAUUGUUGGAAAUAAGUACAAUCCUGUUAACUUUUGGAAUGGACGCUGGCGUUCUUUCUAUCAGUUUUCAGAAUCUUCUCUUACUAUUACAGGAACAUUGUUAAUUGAUGUUCAUUAUUAUGAAGAUGGCAAUGUGUGUCUAACAACAAGGCAAACGCUUUCUUUUGAGGCUAAAAGCUUAGAUUGCUAUGAUAUUAUAACAGCAAUUGCAGCAGAAGAAAAAAAGUAUCAAGAAGAACUUAAUACAGCGUUUAGCGGAUUGAAUGACUAUGAUUUUAAAAGUCUUAGGCGUCAACUGCCAAUGACAAAACAAAAAAUGAACUGGGAAAACAUAAACACUUUGAAAAUAGGACAAGAUGUGACUGGAAGAAGUCAGACAUAUUAA